CCAAGAACAAGCCCAUGCACUUGGACUGGUGUUUCAUGCAACUCAGCUGGAAGUGUCAGCACGAUAAACCUUUCCACUUGUGGUAUUCAAGGUACGCUACAUGAGUUUUCAUUCUUGUCCUUCCCUAAUCUUAAAUAUCUUGACCUCAGCUUCAACAAACUCUUUGAUGCCAUACCACCUCAAAUCAGCUACCUCUCCAAACUCCACUAUCUCGAUAUCUCUAUAAAUAAGUUGUCUAGGAGAAUCCCACCAGAAAUCAGUCUCUUGAGAAAUCUUACAUAUCUUGGUCUCUUUAAAAAUACUUUGUUGGGGGAAAUUCCUAAUGAGAUAGGCAACCUGAAACCUCUUGUGGGGCUAUAUUUGCAAAAGAAUCAACUCCAUGGUUCAAUUCCAAGAUCACUAGGCAAUCUAACAAGCCUUACCCAUCUCUAUCUCUAUGAUAAUAAACUUUCUGGUUUGAUUCCCAAGGAGAUAGGGAACUUGAAAUCUCUAGUAAUUCUAGAUUUGUCAACUAACAAUUUAAGUGGUCUCAUCCCUCCAAAUUUGGUAACUUAAUAAACCUAAAUAUUUUGUACUUGUAUUCCAAUCAACUUGCUGGUUUGAUUCCCAAGGAGAUAGGGAACUUGAAAUCUCUUAUAGAUCUAGAGUUGUCUUACAACAAUUUAAGUGGUCUCAUCCCUCCAAAUAUUGGUAACUUAAUAAAGCUAAACACUUUGUACUUGCAUUCCAAUCAACUCUCUGGUUUGAUUCCCAAGGAGAUAGGGAACUUGAAAUCUCUUGUAGAUCUAGAGUUGUCCUACAACAAUUUAAAUGGUCUCAUCCCUCCAAAUAUUGGUAACUUAAUAAAGCUAAACACUUUGUACUUGCAUUCCAAUCAACUUUCUGGUUUGAUUCCCAAGGAGAUAGGGAACUUGAAAUCUCUUGUAGAUCUGGAGUUGUCCCUGAACAAUUUAAGUGGUCUCAUCCCUCCAAAUAUUGGUAACUUAAUAAAGCUAAACACUUUGUACUUGCAUUCCAAUCAACUUUCUGGUUUGAUUCCCAAGGAGAUAGGGAACUUGAAAUCUCUUGUAGAUCUAGAGUUGGGUGAGAAUCAACUCAACGAUUCGAUUCCAGCCUCAUUUGCUAACUUGAGCAACUUGGAUAUCUUAAUCCUACGCAAUAACCAACUUUCCGGCUCCAUCCCCCAAGAGUUAGAGAAUCUCAAGAAUUUGACUAAAUUGUACUUGGAUACAAACCAAUUGUCUGGUUAUUUGCCCCAAAAUAUCUGCUUAGGUGGAAAACUCACAAAAUUGUCAGUAGGUACAAACUAUUUGACUGGUCCAAUCCCCAAAAGCUUGAAAAAUUGCACGGGCUUAGUGAGAGUCCAUCUUGACCAAAACCAAUUGACGGGCAACAUAUCUGAAGACUUCGGUGUUUAUCCAAAUCUUGAUUUUAUGAAUAUAAGCCACAACAACUUGUAUGGAGAAAUCUCACACAACUGGGGACAAUGCCCAAAGCUGAAGACCUUAGCAUACCACCUGAGAUAGGCAAUGCAACCCAAAUUCAUGUGUUGGACCUUUCUUCAAAUCAUUUAGUUGGGUUGAUCCCAAAAGAAUUCGGGAGACUGACUUCUUUGGAGAGGUUGAUGUUGAAUGGAAAUCAACUUUCAGGUCGUAUACCGUUAGAAUUCGGAUCAUUGAAUGAUCUUGAAUAUCUUGACUUGUCAACAAACAAAUUCAAUGAGUCAAUUCCGAGCAUUCUAGGUGACUUGUUGAAAUUGCACUACUUGAAUUUGAGCAACAACAAGUUGGCUCAAGCAAUUCCAUUUAAGUUGAAGAAGUUAGUUCAAUUGAAUUACAUGGAUUUAAGUCAUAACUCUCUUGAAGGUAAGAUACCAUCAGAAUUGGGCAGUAUGCAGAGUUUGGUGACACUUGAUCUUUCCCACAACAAUCUUUCGGGUUCCAUACCAUCAAGUUUUGAAGAGAUGCACGGCUUGUCGUACGUUGACAUAUCCUACAAUCACUUGGAAGGUCCCCUUCCCAACAUCAGUGCAUUUCGAGAAGCUCCGCCAGAAAGAUUGAAAGGGAACAAAGGAUUGUGUGGCAAAGUUGGAGCUCUGCUACCACCCUGCAAUGCGCAUGGAUCAAAAAAGGAUCACAAGGUCUUAUUCUCUGUUGCAGUGUUUGUACUUCUAUCUACUCUCUUUACAAUUGUCUUUGUAAUAAUGCAAACAAAGAAGAAGCAUCAAGAUACUAAACAAAACCACAUGCAUGGAGAAAUUUCUUUUUCAGUUUUAAAUUUUGAUGGAAAAUCAAUGUAUAAGGAAAUUAUAAGGGCAACAGAAGAUUUUGAUUCCACAUAUUGCAUUGGGAAGGGAGGACAUGGAAGCAUCUAUAAAGUAAAUUUGUCAUCUGGAGACGUAGUGGUCGUGAAGAGACUCCAUCUGCUAUGGGAUGGCGAUACAGAAUUUCAAAAGGGGUUCUUGAAUGAAGAAAGGGCACUCACUGAGAUAAGACAUUGGAAUAUUGUGAAGCUCUAUGGUUUCUGCGCAAAUAAACAACACUCGUUUUUGGUGUAUGAGUAUCUUGAAAGAGGUAGCUUGGCCGCAAUGUUGAGCAAAGAUGAAGAAGCUAAAGAGUUGGGGUGGAGUAAAAGGGUGAAUAUUGUUAAAGGUUUAGCUCAUGCCUUGUGUUACAUGCACCACGAUUGCUUGCCACCGAUUGUACAUCGUGACAUCUCAAGUAAGAACAUUUUGUUGGAUUCUGAAUAUGAGGCAUGUGUUUCAGACUUUGGCACAACUAAAUUUUUAAAUCCAGACUCAACUAAUUGGACUGCCGCUGCAGGCACGUAUGGCUACAUGGCACCAGAGCUUGCUUACACAAUGGAAGUGAAUGAGAACUGCGAUGUUUAUAGCUUUGGUGUGGUCACAUUGGAAAUAAUUAUGGGAAAGCAUCCUGGAGAUCUUCUCUCAUCUUUCUCACCAGUCUCUUCAUCCUCCUCCUCCUCCUCAUCAUCAUCUGCAUUACCAGCCCAUCAAAUAACAAUUGUGGAUGUUUUGGACCAACGCAUUUCCCCUCCUACACAUCAACUUGCAAGCGAAGUGGUCUCUCUUGUGAAGAUAGCAUUUUCAUGCUUGAAUUCCAGCCCAAAAUCUCGUCCAACAAUGAAACAAGUUUCUCAUUUCCUCUCAACUCAGAUGCUGCAUUUGUCGAAGACGGUACAUAUGAUGACAUGUGGUGAAUUGCUUGCUCUUGAUCCUUUGGCUACCUGAUCAGAAUGUUCUUCUAUCUUAUGCAAAUUUCACUUUUCAUGUGUCUUCUAUUUAGAAAGAUUCUCCAUAGAUGUUUCCUUCUUGUAAUUUAUUUCAUGCAUGUGUGCGCUAUGCUAUGGCUAUAUAUACUUUAUCUAGGAUGUUUUAUAGUUUGUUUAUCCUUGUGAGGAAAAACAAAAUGAAAUAAGACAAGGGUUUUGUUUAGUAAUUUUAUAUACUCUGUGUAGCAGCAACUACAGACAAGAAUUUGAAAUUGUAAACCUCCCCAAAAUCAUUAAUAAACAAUUCAAUUGUGAAAA